GAAAAGUGAACGUUUCACGAGUCAACAGCAACGUCUUUCGAGAAGUUAUAGGCGCUGUUUGCGACAUUUUUCUUUCUUUAUCCGUCAUCCAAUGUUUUGUGUAAUGAAAUAACACGUUGGUUAGCGAGUAAUUUCGAUCCUAGUGUUCAUAGUCGUAAUUAAGUAACCGCUAGAUUACGAUUAAUUCUAAUAUGGGCGACGAAAGCCACCCGAAAACUCUCUACGUCGGUAAUUUAGACGCGAGUGUCACAGAAGAUUUUCUAUGCGCGUUGUUCGGCCAAAUUGGCGAAGUAAAAGGUUGUAAGAUAAUCCGUGAGCCCGGAAAUGAUCCUUAUGCGUUCCUCGAGUUCACUAAUCACUCGGCGGCGGCUACGGCCCUGGCCGCCAUGAACAAGCGAGUGUUUCUGGACAAGGAGAUGAAGGUUAACUGGGCGACAAGUCCCGGGAACCAGCCCAAGACGGACACUAGCAACCACCACCACAUAUUCGUCGGCGACCUGUCGCCGGAGAUCGAAACGCACAUACUGCGAGAGGCUUUCGCGCCCUUUGGUGAGAUCUCAAACUGCCGGAUAGUCCGCGACCCACAAACGCUCAAAUCUAAGGGGUACGCGUUCGUUUCUUUUGUGAAGAAGGCCGAUGCCGAAGCGGCGAUUCAGGCUAUGAACGGACAGUGGCUAGGGUCGAGAUCCAUACGCACCAACUGGUCGACACGCAAGCCGCCGGCUAACAGGCCCAGCGAGGGCGCGCCGAGCAGCAAGCGAGCUAAGCAGCCCACAUUUGACGAGGUUUACAACCAGAGCUCACCAACUAACACAACUGUUUACUGCGGGGGCUUCACCAGCAAUGUUAUCACUGAGGAGUUGAUGCAGAAUACAUUCUCACAGUAUGGCCAGAUACAGGAUAUUAGAGUAUUCCGAGACAAAGGCUAUGCGUUUAUUAGGUUCACAACUAAAGAGGCGGCAGCACAUGCCAUCGAGGGCACACAUAACACAGAGAUUAGUGGACAUGCAGUAAAAUGUUUCUGGGGCAAAGAGAAUGGAGGAACGGGAGAGAGCCAGAGCACACCCAGCACCACAGCCGCUCCGCCCGCCAUGGGCGCGCAGACGCAGGGGUACCCCGGCUACCCAUACCAGCAGCAAGGCAUGGGAUAUUGGUAUGCCCAGGGCUACCCCGCGAUACAGGGCUACAUGGCCCCCGGCUACUAUCAGCAAUAUGCCACCGCCUAUAGCAAUCCGCAGGCCGCAGCAGCAGCGGGCUACCGCAUGAGCAUGCCGGGCGGCGGCGGCGGCUGGAGCGGGCCGCAGCCCGCGCCGCUCGUGUACCAGGCCGUGCCCUCCGCGCCCACCUACCCCUCGCAGUAGCGCCCGAGACACUGCGACCACUCGGUGCCGUGCCGUCCGGAGGCAUUCCCCGGCAACUCUGUCGUAAGGCCAUGACACCCUACUGUCGCCAUCGGAUACAUCGGGGCGCCCGGGGUAUUCACAAAUAUCUGACCGAAGCCUCUAUUAUCGAGACGUUAAAGUGCAUGUUUCGAUAUUUUUAAACACCUCGGCCGCUCCGAUCUGAUGGCGACCGUACCCUGAAAUUUGAACCGUACGCAAAAACGCAUUUCUUUUGCUUUGCUGAUUUUUCUAACGAAAUAAUUUCAAAUACUAUACAUUUACAAACAUAUUAAAAGUCAUACGUCACAAAAAAUAAAUCACACUUAAAACUAAUUAAACAACUUGGUUCAAGUUUCUCGAACGUUUUGUAUUGUGGGCGAUGUAAAGGUAUCUUUUUAGGUCAUUGUCAUCUCAGCAAUUAGUAUAAAAGUGACUUAUGUAAACAGUUGAAGCGCUCCAAAAUUUAUCCAUACAAUUUUGUAGCGCGUAGUGCCUCUAAACAUCUAUACGGUUUGUCGAUGCGUUAUGCUGGUUAUACUGAAAAAUAAUUAGGCUGGAUCAGAUAUUCUGAGUUAUACCCACAUAGUAGAUUCAAAACUAUACCUAUAAGAGAUAUCACUCUAUCUUUCUUACAAAUACAGAUUUUAAUAUGGACUCUUGAGAGGCGCUUGGCACUUACACAAUUCUUCAUUUACUUGCUUGAUUUAAAUUCAGUUACCAAACAGGUGAAGGUGAAGUAAUAAAUAACGGCUCCAAUAGAUUAUAAAAAUAAUAUAUUCGCUCGAGGCAAUGCGGCCGAGGCACGUCUACACAGACCGAGCUGCUUCGCGCGGCAAUUUCUUCGCGAGGCAAUUUCCUCGCGAGGCGACUCGGUAGUCGAUUCUGUGUGGACCCGGCUAAUGAAGUGCAAAGUAAGUGCCAAUCGCCUAAUCUUUGUCCAAAGAAUGACAGGUCGCUCAAGCCUUCCCAAUGUCUCCAAAGGUAUCAUAUAUAGGAUGUGUAGCUUAAAAUGUCCUCUUAUGUCUUAAAUACAGUUUCAAAUUAUAUAGACGUUUUAAAAUUGAUUCUCCAUAUAGCAAUUAUUUAUUUGCAAUAAUGUUUACAAAACGACAGUUAAAAGUGGAUGAUAAUUGAUGAUACCAGUUUGAUUCUCUGUUAAAACGGAAAAUAAUUUACAAGGUCAUUAAUUAUCAGGCCCCCAAUUCACCACACUGACAAUUGUCACCUGACAUAGACAAUUGACCGUACAUUUCCGGUCCAAAAAGUAAACAAUGACGUUUUUCGGCUUUACGUACCGGCCCAAAUGUGCAGGAAGCCAGUAAGUUGUCAGUGUCAAAUGUCAAAUUGGUGACAUAGGCGCCUGGUCCUAAGUGUAAAGUCCUAAAUCCAUUAGGAUAAAGUUAAAAUUUGAGUAAAAUUGACAAGCGCGGUAAAAUAAAAAAUCUUGUGAUGAAUCUUUAGAACGAAAGUAUUCGGCUAAAGAAGAAACCUCCAACAUUCUGAAAUAACUUGUUAUUUAUCACUUGGACAUAUUUAUAAUAUGUCUUUUGACUGACUAACAGAAGCGAUUGACAUGUCAUGAUGAUGUCAUCUUCAGAAAUAUAUAAUAUUGAUGAUACCUGGUAUCACCAAAUUGGGCUUAAACGAACAACAUAGAAUUUUUUUUCCAUAUACCCAAACACAUGGUGAUUCGAAAGAGCUAGGUUAAUUAUAUCAGUGUAUUGUGUUCGUAGAUUAUACCAUUCCAUUACAGUUAUCUGUAUUAAAAGUGCCAGUAUACCAUUAACAGCAGAAGUUACAUGAACAAAGCGUUCAAAAUGAUCUGCACAUGCGUUUUGAAGAUACAUGCGGAUAUACUGUAGGUAUAGUCAGUAGCAGACUAAGUAACAACAAAGCCAUGUUCAGAUGGGAGUGUAUAUCCCACAAUGAUUAUGAACUCUUUAACGAAGGGAUAGGGUUUAAUUUUGCGUAAUAUCUAACACCCUUAUGCCUGUCAAAGGACACCUCUCCUGCUGGGCUACUUCUGUUGCAAAUUUUUACAUCCAUAUCAAAUCAAUGACCAUACCACGAGUUUGACACUGACAUUUUCGCUAGCGACUGCGUAAACUAGCACACAAUAGUCACAAAGCAUCUCCCUCGUACUGACAUUGAUGUAAGCGAGAUGCACUGCGUUUGAAUUGACGCAAUCGCUAGCGUUUAAAGCCACGCAUAACUCAUGGUGAACGCACAUGUGACCAAAGUGUUUGUCUUUUAGUAUACUGGCAUUUUGAUCUUACGACUAGUACGGUCGCCAUCAGAUAUAUCGGAGCGGCCAAGGUGUUCACAAUAUCUGAACACGCACUCUAACGCCCUGACAAUAGAGGCGUGUUCAGUUAUUUGUGAGAACCUUAGCCGCUCCGAUAUAUCUGAUGGCGACUGUACGACUCGAAUCUUAAGCAAUAUUAGACUUUAUAGUAAAGUGCCUGACAUAACCAAGAAAACUGGAAUGAUUCAAUUGUGACAAACAUAAGAGGCUGCUAUUAUUCAGUUCUAAGAAUAUUCUUUUGAAUGAUUCCACAUUUUAUUGGAAAAACUUCCUUUUUCACUCUUUACAUUGACGAAUACUAAGAUACAAACAGCAACACUCUUAUCUGUCCGUGGGUGGAUCUUAUGCCUUUUGUAAUAAGGUUUAAAUUACCGAUGGGCAGUUAACAGUGUGGGCGAUGGUACUAGCCUUGUUUGGAAGACAAUAAGUUUUGUCACAUUUUUCGAUGCUUUUUGAGUUCUUUGAACUAUUUUAUCUACAUUGUCAAUAAUCUAUGGUCUAUAUUUCACUAAUUAGUCAAUUGACAUCUGAAAAUCUGCCCAAGUGCGCAAAAAUAUCUGACACAGCCUUAGUCUCAAAUGCCGCGUCUAUUUUUGCAUAAUUCAUCGUAUGAUAUAUUAUGUCGCCAUCAGAUUUAUCGUAACGGCCAAGGUACUCUCAAAUAUCUUAACUAUCCUCUAUUGUCAAGGCGCUAGAGUGCGUGUUCAGAUAUUUUUGAGCACCUGGACCGCUCCGAUGUAUCUGAUAGCGUCUGUAUAUCACAAUUAUGCUCAAUGGCCAUGGCAUCUGUCUAGUUAGUGAAGUAGGGGCAUUUUUUACUCUAAUUUAUAUGAAAUUGUUUUUGGAAUUAUUAAAAAAGCAGUUGGUGGACCAAUUCUGACUUUAUCGAAGGUUAAAGUAUGUACAAUCGAGUGGGGUAACUGGGGACAGAGGGAUAACGUUAGACAAGUUUUUUUGACUACGAACUACUUUAGCUAGUUUAAAAAUUGCCACUAAAGCAGGCCACUGACGAGCCUUACAAUGGAUUCAUCCAAAUGGACGGCAUCCUAAUAUUAAACAUUGUGCGUUUUUGACAUCCACGGACCGAUUUUGGAUUGCAGCCACGCUAUUUGGACUGUUGGAAGGCUCAUCAGUGGCCACCUUGAGGCUUGAAGAGACACGGCGAUAUUUAUAGUUACUCGCCCAGCGGUGAGCUAUAAAUAUCGCCGUGUCUCUUUUAUUUACACGGGAGUGCUUAUCUUUUGUUCGUGUUUAUAGCCGAUAGCUCAUAGCUUACUAGCUCGCGGUGGGACCAGUGCCUUAUACUGGUAAAUCGUGACUCGAAGAUUGAAAGAAGUACACUGAUGUCAGUAUACUUCAGAUUAUUUGGGGAAUAUUUCCUGUCUAAAUGUUAUCCCUCUUGUUUCCAGUUACCCCAGUUGACUGUUCACUAAAGUGCCAUGGAAAUAUGUCACUAUAUGGAAUGUUUCGUAGAAAGUGAUCUGACUUAUUUGCGAUUGUAAUGUAAAGGAUAACAUAACGAAAGCCUUGAGUUUCAUUCAAACUAGCUGAAAUACUAAUUAGCUUAAAAAGUAUUUGGGAUUGGGUAGCAGAGAAGCCUACAUAUAAUCAUUAUGAAAUAGAUGGCGUUACUGGGUAUUCUUAGUCCCAUUUACUAUUAAUGGCGUUUUGAAUACAUAUCUCGAUUCAUAACGAAAGUGUAAUAAAAAGGCGGGUCCACACAGAGAACGUCCCGCCUCGUGAGGAAAUUGCCGCGUGGAGCAGCUCAGUCUGCGUAGAUGUGCCUUGGGCGAAGCAAACGCAAACGGGCGAGGCACCGAGCUUGCUUCGUGCGGCACUUUCCCCGCGAGGCGGUUCGUUCUGUGUGGAAAAUUAUUAUAUGAUAAAUUGUUUUGCGAAACAAUCUCAACUGUUUUGACUCCCUAUUUCAUAUCGAUCUGAUGACGGAUGAUCAAUCUUGAAAGACAUUUUAGGUAAACAUUUUAUUGGCAGUAGCUUUUUUGACAGUCUACUAUAAAAGUAAGGCCGAUGCAUAAAAUAUGUCCUAUGCAUACCUGCAUAAAUAGAAUUAUAGAAAUACAGAAGUAUUUUAUACGGAAAAAUGUAACAUACUUAUCGGCAAUAAGGUACAUGUAAUUAUAAAGUCGUUGGUAAAGUUAUAUAAGGCUGUUCCCACACUGACGUCACGAGUCGCGGCGAGCUGAGCGACUUGGUAUCGUCCCGCGUCGGAAUGUGUAUAAAACUGAUGAAUACAUCAGUCAGCAAAUAUGCUUACAUUGUUAAAUCUGUCAAUUCUGUCAUUGCAAACCGUGGUAUCAGUGUGUGUAUAGCCUAAAGGUGUUGCACGCCAUUAGUCAGUUUCUAUACCUGUCGCAUAUAAAUAUUAUUAAUUUGAUCAAGUAACACAAAAAUCAAGUAGCUUGGCAUAAGGUAUAGAAACGAGCUAGUUUUGAUUUAAGUGCUAACCUUUCUAGAACCCAAAGCAUGCUAAGAAAAUUAGGAUUGUAAUGUUUUCUACGCAACAUAACUGUAAGGGUUCUACCUGUAAGAUCAUUAUUUAGUAUGGCUGUCAACGAUCUGUAUUUUAUAGGACUAUUCUUUAGAUGUAUUUGUUUUUGAAAUGAUUAUUGACAGAAGGUACAAAUUGUUAAUGUCAUUGAAUGGGUGGACUGAAGGCCUAACCUUCGUGGUUAAUGUAAGUUAACCAUAUCCUAAGAUCGGCACUGUCAGAAACUGCACAAAACCGUAUACCGACCAGUGGUCUGGGGACGUGGAGUGAUGUUUAUACCAAUGUAAAGCUAUGUCCACACUUCGCUUUUCAUUUAAGGGCCUUAGUGCAUCAAUAGUACCAGCGAGUUAAUCACGGAAUAAUCUCGCUGCGAAUUCGCUCUAAGCGGUUUAGUGGACAAAGCGUUCUGACGUUUAAAAAAAAAACUUAACUCGAUUAUAUGUGGGCAUACUGAACAUGUUUAGUAACUAGCACGACCACUGGCAAGGUAACUCGCCUUAGUAGUGUCACAUCAUCCGAUACUGGCCAAAUUCCUGUACAUUUUGUACGACUAGAUUAGGCAGUUAGCGGCGUACAGAGGCGCCGGCACCUACAUAGAUAGGACAUAACGAAAUAAAUUAUAAAUUUUUAAAAAACGUUAUAAAUAUAUAGUGGAGGGCACGACACACUCGUGUAUAUAGGUUGAUAUUUAUUGCCCGCCCGGACUGAGCCUCCGCUAUAACCAGACCGUAUUUAUAUAAGUUCGGCACAUGUUGUUUUGUUUGACGAAUUGUUAUGAUUUAUUGUAUACACUGGUAAGUCAAUAAAGCAGUGGGUCUGGUAA